UUAUAUUCCUCAACAAUUUCAACAUAUCAGCUUUCAUGUUACAGUGGUUUAACCAAAUGAAAAGAGAAUCAAAAGAUUUAGCCAUUGAAAUAGAACGUUUAGAAAGACAAUGGACCGAGAUGCUUCAACAUGUGAAACCUCUGCAAACGGAUGAAUUCCAUAUGCAAUGCAUUUAUAAGGUACCACCGAAUAUUCGUGAAAGUAAUCCCAAAGCCUACACUCCUCAAAUUCUUUCAAUUGGCCCUUAUCAUCACAAACCAUGUGACCUUAGUAAGGAAGACAACAGUUUUGAGGCAAUGGAAGAGCUCAAACUCAAAUAUCUCAAGGGAUUCCUAGAUCGAACACAACUACCUAUCAGAGAAUUUGUUCUCAAAAUUAAAGAAAUGGAAGAAAGCAAUAUUAUUCGAAGUUGUUAUGCAGACACUAUUAAAUGCAAUAGUGAUGAUUUCUUGAAACUGAUUUUAGUUGAUGCUUGCUUCAUAAUUGAACUUUUUCUAAGAUGGAAUAGUAAUUGUGAAUGGAAGGGAAAAGACCCUUUAAUGCUAAAACCAUGGAUGCUAACCUAUGUGGACCUUGACUUGCUACUACUGGAAAAUCAACUUCCUUUCUGCGUUCUUGAAGAACUUCACAAGCUCACUGGUAUGAAUGAGAAGUUUCUUGACAUUACUUUCAAAUAUUUUGGGAAUAGACUUUUCGGAAACGAGUGUUCAGGAGAGAGUCCAAAACACUUCAAUGAUUUGCUAAGAUCUUCUAUAAUAUCAUCAUCAAAGCUUGGUCUUGGAAAACCGGAAGAAUGCAAACAAAUUAUUAAACAUGUAUACAGUGCAAGCCAACUAAAGGAGGCAGGUCUUGAGUUCAAGCUCAGUCCAAAUAAAAGCUUACUUGACUUGACCUAUUCUAAAUAUGGAGUAUUGAGCAUGCCAAGCUUGGAUAUACAUGACAACUCAGAAGUUUUGUUCAGGAAUAUGAUGGCAUAUGAACACUGCCACCUUUCUGCUACAAGCAUUGUUACUCAAUACUUAACGAUUCUAGAUUUUCUCAUCAAUACUGAAAAAGAUGUGAACAUACUUGUUGAUAAGAAAAUUAUUGUAAAUUGGACCGGUGAUGCUAAUAAAGUGGCUACAAUGAUUAAUGAUCUGAGCUCACAACUUAGCAUGCCAUUUUUCAAUUCCCACUAUUUCUCCCUCUGCAAUAGCUUAAAUGAUUUCUAUGAAAACCCUUGUAACAAGUACAAGGCUACCUUCAUACACGACUACUUCAACACUCCUUGGAAAAUAGCAUCUACUACUGCUGCAAUUAUGCUACUUUUCCUCACGUUUCUUCAGACUGUAUGUUCAAUCGCCUCACUAUUUCAUGGUAAUUAAUGAGAUGGAUUGUUAAAUAAGGAACAAGAAAGUCAGUUAAGGGAAGAAGACGGUGAUGAUUGUAUUUGACUGUCUAAGUUCUAUUUGUAAGAGAACCUUGUAAUAAGGAGAUUUACUUUGUUGUUGUUUUUCUUUCCUAAAAAUAAAUAUUCAACUUUUUUUCUA